AUGCUGUUCUACGGUCCCCCAGGGACUGGAAAAACGUCGACGAUUUUGGCAAUGGCCAAGGAGCUUUACGGCCCACACCUUUUCAGGAGCAGAGUGCUCGAGCUGAACGCUUCUGACGAACGUGGGAUAUCCAUUGUCAGAGACAAAAUCAAGAACUUUGCGAGAUUGUCGAUCUCCAACCCCUCUAAGGAGGACCUAGAGAAGUACCCGUGCCCGCCAUAUAAAUUGCUGAUUCUUGACGAGGCCGACUCGAUGACUUCUGACGCGCAAAGUGCGCUCAGAAGAACCAUGGAGACAUACUCAGGAAUCACACGUUUUUGCCUCAUUUGCAACUACAUCACCCGUAUAAUAGACCCGCUUGCCUCGCGGUGCUCCAAGUUUAGAUUUAAGAUGCUGGACGAGGAAAGCUCCAUCAAAAGAUUGCAAUAUAUUUGCAAUGAAGAAAACGUGCUUGCUAGCACUCCUAUGCUAAAGGAAAUUUUGAGGAUCAGUGACGGGGACCUGAGAAAGGCCAUCAAUUUCCUCCAAAGUGUCCACAAGAUGCUGAUUCCUGCCGAGGACGAAAUGGCGGACGACGUCACGGAAGACCAGAUCAGGGACGUUUUCGGCUACCUGCCGAAAGAUCAGCUCAUGGAACUGAUCAGACUCGCAGAGAAGAAAGACACGGACCGCAUAUUUGAGUUUGUUACUGACUACAUCUCGAAAGAAGGGUACAAUGCCACUUUGAUAAUCAGCUCUCUGCAUGAUGUGCUGCUUCUGGGCGACGACAGCGGUAUCUCGCUGAGCCUGGACGGAAGACAGAAGAACAGCAUCUCAAGGAUCCUCUUUGAGACAGACGCCAAACUCAGUCACGGAUGUGAUGAGACACUGUUAAUUCUCGAUUGUGUACUACGAAUCUCUACAGUUUUGUGA